UUUCCCAUUGGCUCCAGCUGUCAGAUUGCCUGAAGAAAAUGUAUUUUCUGCCUAAGUCUUUAACCAAGGGCUAAGGCAACAGUUAGUAAAGAAUAGGAGAGAGAAAGACCAAGGGGCCCAGAGGCUGGAAAGACAGGCAGGUGCUUAUUCUGGGCCAGAAUGAGUGAACCAAGGUGCGGGAAUGGGCGGCCACAUGUGAGGGCUUUGGUACUGUUGGAAACAUCUGUAAAGUUCUAGUGAAGAGUCCCAGAGCGCAGGACCCUGACCUCAGGAGAGAACUGAAUCAGGGUUUGUAUACCUGCCUGCAUGCUCUCCCUCCCCAAAGUGUAUAAAGGACAAAUUGUAUUUCAAACAAAGACCAUGUAAAAGAAAGACCUUCAGGCAUCCCCAACUCUUAAAAGGCUCGGAUCCCCUGAGACACAGUGCCUACCAAUGCCUGUGCGAUGCAGAGCCUCACGAAGAACUGAAAACCAAGGAGAGGGCACUUGCAGAUGACGUUGCUCCCAUGGCAGCGUCUGUGCCCGUGGGCUUCUCUCUGUGGAAAAUGGUGGAGGCUGCUUCUGCCCCAGGAGGGAGAAACACCGACUCCCUGGCUUUGGCGCCAGAAGCCUGGAUCGGCUGCCAGGUGACUUCUAUUUCUAUCUGGUUCUCGUCUGGGGGGGCCCUGGCCGGGCAGCCCCCCAACACUUCUCCUGCCCUGAAACACGGCUCUAGCCAACCUGCUCCGCUGCUUCACCUGCGACCGUCUCUGCGGGGGCUGCACGGCCCCAGCCCCUCCAGCCCGCCAGGGCAUUGUCCUCCAGCCCGUCAUGCCCAGCUGUGACCCCGGUCCGGGCCCUGCCUGCCUCCCCACCAAGACUUUCCGCAGCUACCUGCCCCGCUGUCACCGCACUUACAGCUGUGUCCACUGCCGUGCACACCUGGCCAAACACGAUGAGCUUAUUUCCAAGUCCUUCCAAGGGAGCCAUGGCCGAGCCUACCUGUUUAACUCCGUGGUCAACGUGGGUUGCGGGCCAGCUGAACAGCGCCUCUUGCUCACGGGGCUCCACUCGGUAGCUGACAUUUUCUGUGAGAGCUGCAAAACCACACUGGGCUGGAAAUAUGAACAAGCUUUUGAGACGAGCCAGAAGUACAAGGAAGGGAAAUACAUCAUUGAAAUGUCACAUAUGGUGAAGGACAACGGCUGGGACUGAGGGGCUCAGGCAGGCUGUGCCCUUCCUCCGCAUGCCCCUCCCUCCCCUCGGCCCUGCCAAGCAGUCUAUACCAGCAUGAGUACUGCCCCACCCCUGGGGGAAACCUGGCUCCAACCAACCCCUCCCCUGCCUCCACCAUAUCCACUACCAGGCACCCUUCAGAACAGGGGUCUGGGGGUACCCCAGGGGUAUUAAGGCUCAGGAGUGGGCAGCAGUCGGGGAGAGACAGAACUGGGGGAAAGGGAUGGUUGUGGGUCCUUCUGUUUCCAAGAUCCUGAACAUUGAGGCGAUGGCAGGGUGUAGACUCAGGCAGAGAGGAUUGUGGGAGGAAUCUGUUUUUGCUCCACCUCUUUUUGAGUGAAGAGAGGACAAACCUUGGGUCACAGGGCUAGUAGAUCGUGGACCACAGAAUAGCAGAUGAGAAAAGGCUUGGGUUGGAGUGAAAUUUUGGUCUCAGACACCAGGAGAGACCAGAGUCUCUGAGGAUGAAGUUUCCCAACCCUAUUUGUAGGGAAAAGGACUUGGGUGCAGGGAAAAUUCAAAUCCCAGGCCCUGGAAAAUAGUAAAAUAAUCAAAGGGUUUUCCAUUUCACUCCACUUGUUAGUUUAUCUUGGCACUGAAGAGGCACUUUCAAGUAUCUUAACUUUUGCCAUUGGGUGGGGUGGGGACAGCUGCUCGCGAAACAGCCCCCACCCCCAGUCGGCUGCUUCCAGAGUAAGCAGUCUUUAUGGGCUUUCUCUGAGGCCCAGUCACUGCUCCUGGGACCCAGUGCCCUGGAGGGGAGGUGGAAAAUCAGUGCUACGGGGCCAGUCUUUCCCGUGGCUGCCACCAGCGAAUGAAACUUUUGUAUGAUACAUAAAGUGCUUGAGUCUAUUUUUAAUAAAAAGGGAAAAAGCAACUUGA